AUGAUCACAGUAACAAUUUUAGAUGACUGCGAUGAUCACUUAGUGUCUGAUUUGCCUCAGUUGGUGUUCGAUUCCUCCUCUGAGUUGUCUAGCAGUCACAGCCCUGGUUUUGCAAAGCUCAACAGACGCGAUGGAGCAGGUGGAUGGUCCCCACUGGAAUCGAACAAACACCAAUGGUUACAGAUAGAUCUUGGUGAGAGGACAGAGAUUACUGCCAUUGCAACUCAAGGUCGAUAUGGUAGUUCAGACUGGGUUAUAAGUUACUUGUUGAUGUUCAGUGAUACUGGAAGGAACUGGAAGCAGUAUCGUCAGGAAGACAGUAUUUGGGCUUUCACAGGGAAUGCCAAUGCAGAUGGUGUUGUGCGACACAAGUUACAGUACUCCAUUAAAGCAAGACUGCUUCGUUUUGUCCCUCUUGAGUGGAAUCCACAUGGCAGAAUAGGAAUGAGAGUUGAAGUUUACGGCUGUUCGUACAAAUCUGAUGUUGCCGACUUUGAUGGCAGAAGUUCACUACUUUACAGGUUCCAUCAAAAGAGCAUGAGCACGGUCAAGGACAUAAUUUCCUUAAAAUUCAAAACGAUGCAAAGCGACGGAGUUAUGUUGCAUGGAGAAGGACAACGGGGAGAUCGUAUUACACUGGAGCUAAUGAAAGGCAAACUCUCACUGCAGAUCAAUUUAGGUGACACCAAGUUGCAUUCCAUAAAUAGUCACACCUCAGUGACAUUGGGGAGUCUGCUGGACGAUCAGCAUUGGCACUCCAUUACCAUCGAACGCUACAACAAGCAAGUGAAUUUCACUGUGGAUAAGCACACACAGCACUUUCGAACCAAAGGAGAGUUUGAUUAUCUGGAUAUUGAUUAUGAGCUCAGUUUUGGAGGAAUUCCUGUUCCAGGCAAAUCAGUGAAUUUUCGGAGGAAGAAUUUUCAUGGCUGCAUUGAAAAUCUCUAUUACAACGGAGUGAAUAUCAUUGACCUGGCAAAGAGACAUAAACCUCAGAUACAUAUUAUGGGCAAUGUAACUUUUUCAUGUUCAGAGGCACAUAUCAUUCCAGUCACAUUCAUGAGCUCCAGCAGUUACUUGUUGCUGCCUGGCACACCUCAAAUGGAUGGACUGUCUAUCAGUUUCCAAUUCCGCACUUGGAACAAGGAUGGUCUCUUGCUGCACAAUGAACUUCGUGAAGCAUCUGGAACUCUACAGAUUCAUCUAAGUGAUGGAAAGCUGAAAAUAACCAUUCUGAAACUGUCAAGGACCCAAACUGACAUUGCUACAGGUAAGCACUUGAAUGAUGGGCAGUGGCAUUGCAUUCAUUUCAAUGCAAGAAGGAACCAUGUCAGCAUCACACUGGACAAUGAUGCUGCAUCGACUGUUCAUUCAACUGUACAGAUUAAUUCAGGAAACAGUUAUUAUUUUGGAGGCUGCCCUGAAACUGUCAGAAAUGCUGGAUGUUCAAAUCCCUUUGGUGCUUUCCAUGGCUGCAUGCGACUCAUCUUCAUAGACAAUCAGCCAGCAGAUCUCAUUCGGGUGCAGCAAGGCUUGCUAGGAAACUUCAGUGACCUUCAACUAGACUUGUGCGGCAUUGUAGACAGAUGUUUGCCAAAUUACUGUGAGCAUGGAGGAGAAUGUUCGCAGUCUUGGAGCACCUUUUACUGCAACUGUUCAGGAACGGGCUAUAAAAGAGCCACCUGCCAUAAUUCGGUGCAUGAACAGUCAUGUGAAGCUUACAAACACACAGGGAAUACAUCAGGUUUCUUCUUCAUUGAUCCAGAUGGCAGCGGUCCAGUGGGACCACUCCUUGUAUACUGUAACAUGACAGAAGAUAAAACCUGGACAGUGAUUCAGCACAACAAUACUGAGCUAACGAAAGUGAGAGGUUCCAGUGCAGAAAAGCCUUACCUUGUGCAGCUAAGCUACAAUGCCAGCAUGGAACAGCUUCGAGCCAUGAUUAACAGCAUGGACUAUUGUGAGCAGAAAGUGGUCUAUCACUGCAAGAAGUCACGCCUUUUAAACACGCCAGAUGGUGUACCAUUCACAUGGUGGAUUGGAGGAACCAAUGACAAACAAGUUUACUGGGGUGGUUCAUCACCAGGAGUUCAAAAAUGUGCCUGUGGAUUAGAAGGGGACUGUUUAAAUACAAACUAUGACUGUAACUGUGAUGCUGAUAAUGAUGAAUGGGCGAAUGACACAGGACAUCUUUCGUACAAAGAUCAUUUGCCUGUAACACAGAUUGUCAUUGGGGACACGGACAGAACACAUUCAGAAGCUGCCUUUAGGAUUGGACCACUUCGUUGCUAUGGUGACAGAAAUUACUGGAAUGCAGCAUCGUUCAACACUGAGUCUUCAUAUCUCCAUUUCCCCACGUUCCAUGGUGAGCUCAGUGCGGAUAUUUCAUUUUUCUUCAAAACGACUGCUUCCUCGGGUGUAUUCCUGGAAAAUCUUGGAAUUAAGGACUUCAUAAGAAUUGAGCUGAACUCUCCAACUGAAGUGGUUCUUUCAUUUGAUGUGGGUAAUGGGCCAUUUGAGGUGACUGUGAAAUCACCUACGCAUUUGAACGACAAUCAGUGGCAUUAUGUUGAAGCAGAACGAAAUAUCAGAGAGGCUUCCCUUCAAGUAGAUCACCUACCAAGGAAAGCUCAAGAGGCCCCUUCUGAUGGACACAUCCAGUUGCAGCUCAGUAGUCAGCUGUUUGUAGGUGGAACUGCCUCAAGGCAGAAAGGAUUCCUUGGAUGUAUUCGCUCUUUAAGGUUAAAUGGAGUCACCCUUGAUCUUGAGGAAAGAGCCAAAAUUACACCUGGUGUGAAGCCAGGAUGCCUGGGACACUGUAGCAGUUAUGGUAACCUGUGUCACAAUGGAGGGAGAUGUAUAGAGAAGUACAAUGGUUAUUCAUGCAACUGCAGUCACUCUGCUUAUGAUGGACCAUUCUGUAAGAAAGAAAUUUCUGCACUCUUCGAGCCUGGAACAUCACUGAUAUACACAUUGGAGGAAUCUUCCACCACUGUCAAGAAUUUAAGUGAUUCUUCAUCUUCCAUAUCCUCUGAUAUCACUCUCUUGAGGGAGAAUAUUGCAUUCAGUUUUCGAACUACACAUGCACCUUGUAUUCUCCUUUAUAUUAGUUCUCUUGAUGAGGAAUAUUUGGCUGUGACUCUGUCGAGAAAUGGGAGUUUUCAAAUAAGAUACAAACUGGACGGCGAUAAUGAUCCUGUUUUCUUGAGCAUUGAUACCAGAAACUGGGCAAAUGGCCACGUUCACAGUGUCAAGAUCGAUCGAGAAGGGCAAGACAUCUAUAUUCAGAUUGAUCAAUUCACGACUGUGGAGUACACCCUCCCCUCAAAUAUGGAUCUCGAAUUCAAUGCUGUUAAGUCUCUCACUCUGGGCAAGAUUGUGGACAGCGAUAAUCUAGAUAAAGAGAUACACAGAGCGAACUCAGAAGGCUUUAUUGGCUGCCUCUCAUCGGUCCAAUUCAAUGGGAUUACUCCUCUGAAAGUUGCAUUGCAAAAUUCAGGCUCUCCGUUAGUCUCCAUAAAAGGGCGUUUUGUUGAAUCAAGUUGUGGAUCUGCCCUCAGGAGUGAACCAACAGCAAUCACCACAUCAUACUCUCUAACAGAUCAUUCUGGGACGAUAGAUAUGGGUCAACCAUUAAAAAAUUCAGUCAGAGGUGACUCAGCAAUCAUUGGAGGUGUUAUUGCGAUUGUGAUCUUUGUCAUCCUCUGUAUCGUUGCUGUAAUGGGACGCCUGUUGUACAGGCACAAAGGCACGUAUCGUACCAAUGAAACGAAGGGAGUGGAAUAUGCUGAGAAUACCGACACCACACUGAAGAACAAUGCCAAUUACCAAGACUCCAUUAGUGAAGGCAAGAAGGAGUAUUUCAUCUGA